AUGGCGAUCUGUACUUAUAACGCACGCACGCUUGCAUCGGAAGCGGCCAUCGAAGAUCUGAUGAUGCAAGCCAAGAAGAUCAAGUACGACGUCAUCGGACUGACCGAGACGAGACGACGUCACCCUCUCAACGCCGUAUAUGAAACUGGAGAAGAACUGUUCUUAGGAACAUGUGACAGUAGAGGUGUUGGUGGGGUUGGCGUCCUCGUCAACACGAGUAUAGCAAAGAACAUCGACUCCUUCGAACAACUUACAACCCGAAUCGGACGUCUGCGGAUGAGAAGAUGUGGUGCAACACCAGCUUCGACAUCGUCACACACACUUCGUCAUAAUUGGCGACGCCAUUUCAACGCCAAAGUUGGCCCAAGAAGAACGCCAGAGGAACUUCAUAUCGGCACCCACGGCCUACAGUGGAAUGACCAGGGGGAGAGGCUCUCCGAGUUCAUCAUGACGACUAAGACCAUCCAUGGAAACUCGCAAUUCCAGAAGCUCUCCUCUCUACGCUAG